GUGAUGGAACACCUGGACGAUGUUGUGAUCGAUUUACCUGUGAAGAUGGUGAUGAUAGGCUAAGUGCAGAUGGUAAACGAUGUCCAUACAAUGGUGAAAUAUAUGAUGACGGUGAACAAUGGCAUACAAGUAGUUGUGAGCAGUGCAAAUGUAAAGGUGGCAUUGCAUUAUGCAGUAAAAUGACCUGUGCCAGUCCUCCGUCACAUUGUACUUGGGUAGCUAUACCGGAAAAUGAAUGUUGUCCAGUGUGUCUUGGCUGUCAAGCAGAUGGUGAGAAGCAUAAACGAAAUGAAACAUGGCAAAAAGAUGAUUGUACAAGUUGCUCCUGUGGUCCAGAUGGUAUACAUUAUUGUCAAAAACAUAUGUGUCAGGUAGAAUGUGAUAAUCCAAGAAAAAUUCCAGGCCAAUGUUGUCCUAUUUGUGAUGAACCAAUCGUAAUAGUAAAUCCAGCAAUUUGUCCAUCAUUGGAGCAUUGUCCACUACGAUGUGAAAAUGGCUUAUUGCGUGAUUCAAAUGGUUGCUUCCAGUGCAAAUGCGCACCUGUACAAAAUGUUAUCAGUGGCAAUUGCCGAGAACUCAGUGAUGUUAAUUGUGAUAAGAUUUGCGCUCAUGGCUAUCUGCGAGAUGAGAAAAGUUGUGCUGUAUGCAAAUGCGCUAAAUGUCCACCGCUUCAUCAAUGUUACAAACAUUGCUUAUAUGGCUUUGAGAGUAACAAUAAUGGUUGUCCGGUGUGUAAAUGUCGAGCAAUGAGUCGAAUUGAUGCUAAAUUGCUAUCAUUGAAAAAAGAGCACGAUGGUUGGGAUAAAUGCUAUUCAUUUAGCACGCAAACGGGUAAAUUAUAUGAGCGUGACAGUGGUGAAUGGUGGAAUGAUGGCUGUCGACAUUGUUUUUGUGAGCAAAAACAUGAAUUUUGCUCACUAAUUUCAUGUCCAGAACGAAAUGUAUCAUGUCCAAUUGAACAUUGGAAAAAAAGGGAAGAUGCUUGUUGUGCAAGCUGUGAUUUAAAACCAUCAAUGGAACUAUCGAAGCAUGAGCAUACGGUAUGUCAGAGUGCUGGGCGAUUGUUCGUUGAUGGAGAAACGUGGCAAUUAGCUCCUUGUACGUCAUGUACCUGUCGUGUAGGUAAUGUUUUAUGUCGCGUGGUCGAAUGUCCACCAAUUGCGUGUCCAACGCCUAUUUUUGAUGAAAGAAACCAAUGUUGUCCUAAAUGUCCGGAAGAAACGAAAUCAUCAACAAGUCUGGAAGUAGCGUCAUCGAAGGGCGAUAGAAUGGUAUGCACGGACAAUAAUUAUGUUGUACAUGUUGCUGGAUCAAGUUGGAGGACAGAUGAAUGUACUUCGUGCAAAUGUGUUGCAAUUGAUGAUGAAGCAAAAAUUGAAUGCUUCGAGGAAAAAUGUCGACAGUUGAUAGAUUGUCGAGGAAUGCCGUUAACAAUUAAAGGAAGAUGCUGUCCAGUAUGUUCAGGUAUAUUAAUUUACUUGUAUUAUAUCAAUGUUUUUCAAGAAUAA